AUGCAUCAGCAAACUCCAGACGCAAUGAAAUCUGUGGACCAGUCAAAGGAUAUGAUGACAGAGGAUAGCGGAUACGAUUCAGGAGUGAGCGCCCUCCGUUAUGGACGGAGGAAUGCCAAGUUCGAUUUCAACCAUGUCAAACGCAUAUUGCGUAAGCCCGAAGUGCAUGUGGAGAGAGACAGACGGCGAAGAAAUGCAAUUUCCCAGAAGGAUGCUGAUGGAGAAUUAUAUGACAUGCAAACUUUCCCAAGUAACGGAGAAUUGGCGUACCACCGAAAGUUGACCCAAGCAUGGUAUAAUUUAUCCAAGGAGGAAGCAGCCUCAUUGAAGAUCGAUAUUUUCAAGCCGUUAGAUUUUAACGAAAUUUUGAUGAAAAAACUGAAGACAAGCAACAAUGGAAAGGUAAUAAGCAGUAUGAAGGAACUGUGGGAGUAG